AUGAACAAGCUUCCGGCCGAGCUGCUCGACAAUGUUGUCGCCUACAUUCCAGACUCUAAGCUUGCUCGGUACUCGACCGUCUCACGCGAAUGGAAGGUCCAGAUCGAGGCUCGCACGUUCAGAAAGCUCACCGUGAGGAGCGAACAUAUUGAGAAGUUCAUGGCCACAGUUACGGGAUCCCGCCGCCGCGUCCUUAGGGACCUGUGCUUCAACAUUGAGCUGAUUACUCUGGACGUCGAAAUCAACACCAUGAUGGUCUCACGGGGUGUCCACGACCUUUUCCAUGCUCUUUCCACCUGGAGCGCCGGGUCAGAUCUGAGAGUAAUCGUCGAUGCCGCUUUGGAGCGCGAGCUCAAAAAGGGCUGGACGCUCGACCCCAUAGUCGACCUCACUUCCAUCAACGACGUCCCAAUCGUGCCGGUGAUCCGCAAUUUCGGUUUCCGUCACCCCGUCAUCUCCGACAGCAACUGGUUGGCCUUGGCAUUACGCCUCCCCAACCUCGAAGAAGUGAGUGUCGUUAUCGACGACAAACGAAGGCAGGACCUGGCGCAGCACCGGGAGAACCGCCACAAGCUGGCAGUCGGUCUCAACGAGUUGAACACCGACAACCUCGUCCACUUCUACCUCCACUCGCGCAGUUUCGGAUGGACGCGCACCUUCCGCCCGACCGCCAACGUCCUCCAGCCCGACCGCGUCGACCGCCUGAGCCUCGCGCUGAACCGCAUCAUGCGCAGCCCAUGCCUCAACUCCUUCAAGAUCAGCGGCGACGUCCCCAUCAGCCCUGCCCUCUUCGACCUGCCCGACGGAAUCAACACGCACUUCCCCUUCCUCGAAGUCAUCGAGCUCGACAUCGCCCCCUGCGCGCCCGACGGCACACGCUACUUCCACGGCUACCCGCCCGUCGGCGUCGGCGAAGAAGAAGUCUCGACGACCAACUACGCCGACAACGACUACAUGAUGCAGCGCCUUUCCAUGCAGGAGGAAAGCGCCCACCAGUUCCGCUGGGUCGCCGCCGCCGAGGCCCUGCGCCCACUCGUCUUCGCCGCCGCGCGCGCCGUGGCGCACCACCACAUGCCCUGCUUGGACGGCUUCCAGCUUCGGGCGUACCCCCUGUUCAAUCCUGCUGACGGCGAGCCGACCCAGGGCUUGAUCCAGUACGUGGCUCCCGGCGUGUCGUCGCCGUUGAUUUAUGGCUACCCCCCUUGCUGGUCUGGGGCGGACAAGGAUCCGUCGUGCGUUGCGCCGAGGACGAACAUCGACAUGCCGGGGUUCGCGGGGGAUCUGGAGAUUGCCGAGGCGUGGAUGGGGGUGAGGAAGGGAGGGGUGCUGGAAUGGAAGUGGCCGGAAUAUCCAAACGUUGAGCUGGAGUAG